AUGGGAAAACCUGUCGUCGACUACUCCCUCUACCUCGUCACGGACUCCACCCCGGCCAUCCUCGGCAACCGGGACCUCGUCUCCGUCGUCGAGGCCGCCGUCCAGGGUGGAGUCACCGUCGUGCAGUACCGCGACAAGACGAGUGACACCCGCGUGCUCGUCGACACCGCCAGGGCCCUGCACGCCAUCACCUCCCGCCACGGCGUGCCCUUGCUCAUCAAUGACCGGGUGGACGUCGCGCUGGCUGUGGGGUGCGAGGGUGUGCAUAUCGGACAGGAUGACAUGGACUUGCCCACCGCCAGAAAACUACUAGGCGAGGACAAAAUCAUUGGCGUCUCGGCCUCGACCCUCGAGGAAGCCCAAACCGCCUGCGACCAGGGCGCCGACUAUCUCGGCAUCGGCGCCGUCUUUUCCACCGCAACAAAAACCAAUACCAAAAACGUCCUCGGCGUAUCCGGCCUCCGCGCCCUCCUCUCCGCCCUCGCCACCUCCCACCCGGCCAUCAAAACCGUGUGCAUCGGCGGCCUCAACGCCACCAACCUCCAGCGCGUGCUCUACCAGUCCGCCACCGACGGCAAGCCCGCCGACGGCGUCGCCCUCGUGAGCGCCAUCGUCGCCGCCGAGGAUCCCGAGGCCGAGGCCCGUCGCUUGCUCGCGCUCGUGCGGAGCCCGCCGGCGUUUGUGGGCCGGGCUGAGCUUGACGGCGCGGGGGCGGGGGCGGCGCGGGAUGUCGAGAGCGUGUUGGCGCGGGUCGUGCAAAACUUUGCCGCCAACGUCGCCCUCGCCGUGGGCGCCUCGCCCAUCAUGGCCAACUACGGCGAAGAAGCAGCCGACCUAUCCAAGCUCGGCGGCGCCCUCGUCGUCAACAUGGGCACCGUCACGCCCGAGGCGCUGGAAAACUACGCCAAGGCCCUCCGGGCGUAUAACCUUGCCGGCGGGCCCAUCGUCUUUGAUCCCGUAGGCGCGGGAGCCACCUCUGUCCGCCGCAACGCCGCCCGCUCCAUCAUGGCCGCCGGCUACCUCGACCGCGGCGUCGACUCCUCGCACACCCUUUCCCUCGCCGAGCGCGCCUCCCUCGUAUCCGCCCUCGCCCGCCGCGAGCGCAACGUCAUCGUGUGUACGGGCAAGAUCGACGUUGUGUCCGACGGCCGACGUACCUUGGCCGUGUCCAACGGCCACGAGAUGCUGGGUCGCGUCACGGGCACCGGGUGCGUGCUCGGCACCACCAUUUCCGCUUUUGCGGCGGCGGCGGCGGCGGCGGCGGCGGGUGCGAGCGCGUCCGGUGCGGGAGGGAGCGCGGGACCUGAUCGGCUCGUGGCUGCGGUUGCGGCGCUCGUGGUGUUUGGCGUGGCGGGCGAGAGGGCGGCGGAGAGGGAGGAUGUGCAAGGGCCCGGGAGUUACGUGCCGGCGCUUAUUGACGAGUUGUACAAGAUUCGGAGGGAAACGGUGAAGGGGGAUAUGGUGUGGCUCGAGAAAGCUAAGGUGGAGAUGCUGUAG